AUGUCGUUGGAUAGCAUGAAGCAGAUAAAGGUACAGCUAUCGAACAUCGAGCGCAAUUAUCGCACAUUGCAGUCUGAAUAUAACUGGAAGCCUUUAUCGGAGACAUUCGAAAAAUUUAGAAAGCAGCCUCCUAUCCAAUUUGAUGAAAAGGCUGGGCUAACUCACCGUGCCGAGAGACUGAAUUACAUCAAAUCCUCGCAACCAAAGCUGGCACAAGAUGUGAAAAUUAAAUUAAAGCGUUACAGAAGCUCAAAUGAAACACGAAACGUUUUGAUACCGGCUGAAUCGUUUCGAUAUGAUUAUAAUUGCAACAAACAGGUUGAACGCGCUAAGAAUAUUAUAUACACUAAUGCGAAAGGAUUUACCAGAUUAGUAGACCCAUAUAUCAGUACAACUAUGAUUGAUAUUGUACCGCACGAGAAGCUUCGACAUGAUACGGUUACAUUUUGGAACUGGGAGGAAAGAGAAGAGCGCAAAAGAGCUCCUAAGGAUACUGCUCCUCUACAACCUCGUAUGGUAGUCCCUGUUUUCAAGCACAAACUUCAUAAUGGUUUCAUUAGUGAGAUGCAGGCAAGUUUUGUGAAACCUGUCGAGAUAGAAUUUCGUCUAGAUCCAACAAUCACGCAUCCAAUCGUACUAGAGUCUACCGAUCAUGCCAAACCUGUAACGGAGAGCUCGACCUACGGAGGCAAUAAAAAUUGUGCUUCCAUACAAAAACAAAGAAAAUAUGAAUGA